AACGGCACCACAUUUAAUCCAUGUGUAAGUUUUGUGGUAUUUUUAAGAUGAAAUGAACGCACAAGGUCUUCUCUGCACAGUGGGAGCUGUGGGCGUGAUCUGGAGCUGGCGCUCGCGUGUCACACAGGCGGACCCAGCUCCUGGCACGCGCCCCCGCUGACGUGAAGCGGAGCGCACAAAGCAAAACGUCUGUGAAACGAUUCGUUGUCCAGCGCGCGCACACCGCUCCUCUUUACAAACUUCUGUUUUGUUUUUGUUUUUUUUGUUUGUUUGUUUUUUUGUUUUUUGUUUUUGUAAAUGUUUCCGGCCUCACAGACGACAUUUACCUCGGCUGAACCCGCCAUGUAGCCUGCGCGUGCUGAGCUGAGAGGAGCUCUGGAGGAAUUGCUUUCUGGGGUUUGGGGAGCAGCAGAGCGCGCGCCUCGUAGCUCUGCUGUGCAGGGUCCGAGGACCGCCGGGGCGACCUUGCCACCAUGCUCCGGCCGUGGGCUGCGCAGUGGAUCACAGCGGUGCUCCUGUACGGGGCGGUGGCACAGUACUCCAGCGACCAGUGCAGCUGGAGAGGAAGUGGUUUGAGCCAUGAGACUCAUCGCAGAGACGUGGAGCAGAUCUACCUACGCUGUUCCCAGGGCUACCUGGAGUGGCUCUACCCGACGGGAGCCAUCAUCGUCAACCUGCGGCCCAACACAGAACCAUCUUCAGGUCACAUGGCAGGCCUUCAUGUGUGCAUCAAACCCCAUACUUACUCCCAGGGUUCUAACGUGUACCUGGAGCGGGCCGGGGAUCUGACGCUGCUGCUGCCAGAGAGAGACCUGGCUCAGGGCACGGUGCGUUGUUUUAGCCUCACAGAGGGGGCUCUCUUUGUGGAGGCCAUCCCGCAGACUGACAUCAGCCGGAGGAUAACAGCUUUUCAAUACGAGCUGGUGCCCAGUCAGGGGCCGGGGGCACACAUGUACCCAUACCUGCACCCUGGGAUAGUAACCUGUAAACCCUGCUCAGAUGAAGAGGUCCUCCUAGCUGUCUGCACCAGUGACUUUGCUGGAAGUGGCAUUUUUCAAGGUGUGACAUCAGGUACAAACGACCACCCCCCUGUUGUGGUGACUCUGAGCCGGCUGUUCCGUCAGAAGAGCAGGGUGUUUGCCUGGAGCGGAGCCAGAGGACGGCGUUGGAGCGGACGUAUCAAUGUGCCUGCACAGUGCGGCGUGGACCCUGAGGGGGAUGAGUACCUUUUCACUGGCUCCAUUCAUUUUGGCGAAGCCUGGCUGGGCUGUGCACCUCGCUACAAGGACUUCUUGAGGCUGUACAUGAGGGCGCAGAAAGCUGGAACAAACCCUUGUGAAAUAGACACAAACUGAAAGAUGUUAUUAUUGUUCUGAGUGGAACCAGGUGGAGAGCUUUGGAAAGAAAUCUGUGACAAAGUCGAGAAGAGGAGCAGAAAUAUAAGCAGAGGAAUGGACCCAUGCCAUCUUUACAGCUUCAUCUGCACUCUGCUUUAAUGCUGUUCAACUUAAUGUUGUCUUUGAGUGAAAAGGAAAGUUUGACAGUUUUAACAGGAGGUGUGCCGUCCUGUCUAAAACACACUGUUUUACUGAGUAUGUGUGUGUUAAAGUGAUGAAUGAGACUACAAUUGAAUCAUUACUGAGCUUAAAUUAAUUGGUGAUGUUUUUAUUCUGCUUGUGUGAUCAUUCUUGAAAUGAAAGUUUGCUUUGUAAAAAGCUUUCUGUAAAAUUUAGGAGUCUUCUGACAGAAGUGUACAGUAUGCAGCUCUGUGAGUCUUUAUCUACUGUGUGUGUGUUUUGCUAAUGAGUUCUAUAUAUUUACAGAAAAUAAAAACACUUUCUUUA